CAGAGUUGGAGCUGCCGCAAAGCCCCGUCCUCCAGAGCUUUUUAAACACCGCGUUUGCUUCAUGCUCCAACAAUUUCACCCAGUUGAAGAGUCGCAGCGCUAUAUGCACUGAACCGACGGUCAUCGUGGGAACUCCGUCGACGAGCACGAACCGUUAAGGUUUAAAAAAAGAAAACUACGGCAUAAACUAAAAAAAGGAAGAUAUUGUGUUGCGGGUCAACGAGUUUAACCCCUAAACUGCUGUGACAGUGUUGCUCUCGGGGAAGGCAGUCACAACAGGAGGGUGUCUCGGUGAAAUGAGAGCGGACCCGGUCGGUGACCGUUAUUCCGUUGUUUUCAAUGUGGUUGGGAUUGCAGCCGACUCGGUCGUUGCAGCUUGCUUGGUACGGCCGCGUUGAUGCAGCAGCGCACGGCUGUGGUGUUCAAAUCCACCACCGGAUCUGGGAAGACAAUAGGUGAAAUAUACGCCGGCCUGGACUCCAAGACUACACUAAACGAGAGUCUGCAUCCGCUUUGGCUUCGCUAGUCUCCGUGUGAGGAAUCGAUUUAGAAAGUGAAGUGACAGCGGGCAGUUAGCUGGAUCAGGAUGGCGGCCGUAGUGAACUACUCUCCACCUUGGUGGGUAAAUCUGCUCCACCGGUUGCCUCAUUUCAACAUUGAAUUCCAACUUGUGAGCAGUGACUUCAGACCGGAGGACUCUGAGUACCAGAAGUCCAUUUUGUUGCUCGGGGCUGUGGCGUUGCUGUGUUUAGGCCUGGACCUCAUCUUCCUCCUCUUCUACUCAUUCUGGCUUUGCUGCCGGCGACGCAAGAGUGACGACUCCUCGCACUCCCACACGCACUCCCAUCAGCCCAGCGCUGACUGCUGCUGCACCGCCUGGUGCGUCAUCAUCGCCACACUUGUCUGCAGCGCUGGCAUUGCUGUAGGAUUCUACGGAAAUGGGGAGUCGAGUGACGGUGCCAAUCGUUUGGCAUACUCCCUCCGUCAUGCCAACCGCACCGUGUCAGGGGUGGAGAAACUGGUGUCAGACAGUGCCGUAGCCUUAAACCAGACGGUGGAGGAAAGCUUAGUCCAGUUGGAAACUGCUUUCCAGGAGCAGACAGACUACGUGUCCAUCGUACAAAAGCUGCAGGGACAGCUGGACGAGCUGGUAAGGCUAAUGGUGGAUAUUCCCUUCUGGUCCAAUACUGAAGUUUCCCUGGAGGACUUGGCCUGCAAGACGGAAGCUUUCGAUUUUUACAGGUGGCUGGGGUACCUUAGUCUCCUGCUGUUUGAUGUACUCAUUUGUCUUCUGGUGCUCUUCGGCCUUAUACGCAACUCUAGAGGCACUCUGAUAGGAGUGUGUCUGCUGGGUGUUUUGACUCUGAUAAUCAGCUGGGGGUCUCUCGGCCUGGAACUGGCUGUCGCUGCUUCUGCCAGCGACUUCUGCGUUUCCCCGGAUACCUACAUCACCAGGGUAACCAUGGAAAACGCUGUCAUCAACCAAGAUAUUCUGCAGUAUUACCUGAGGUGCAGCCCUGGCCAAAUUAACCCCUUUCAGCAGAGGCUGUCAGGGAGUCACAAAGCAUUGGUGGAGAUGCAGGAUGAUGUGGCAGAGCUACUGAGAUCAGCAACACGUGACCAUGCCAACACCAAGGGGAGUCUGGAGCAAAUCCAGUCUGUAUUGAAUUCCACCGAGGUUGGUCUUCACCAGCUGACUGCUCUGGUUGACUGCCGCAGCCUACACAUGGACUACGUUCAGGCAUUGACUGGGCUGUGUUAUGACGGGGUGGAGGGUGUCAUCUACCUGGUUCUCUUCUCGUUUGUCACUGCUCUGAUGUUCUCCUCCAUUGUGUGCAGUGUGCCACAUACCUGGCCUGGCAAGAGGACGGAUGAGGAAGACGGAGAGGAUGAGUCGGGUGCCUCACGGGGUGGUGUGCACGAUAACCUGUACCGCGUUCACAUGCCCAGUCUCUACAGCUGUGGCUCCAGCUACGGUAGCGAAGCUAGCCUGCCCGCUACAGCCCACACUGUCAGCAAUGCCCCCGUCACUGAAUACAUGAGCCAGAACGCAAACUUUCAGAACCCUCGGUGUGAGAACACCCCCUUGAUUGGCAGGGAGUCCCCUCCACCCUCUUACACCUCCAGUAUGAGAGCAAAGUACCUGGCCACCAACCGACCGGACCAGAAUCGACGCUCCGUUCCCAACGACCAACUGGACCCAGCCAGCCGGGCCCACCCCACUGCCCGACCACAGUCCUCAGUCCACUAGAAACUGUCCACAGAACUGCAUCAGUCCACCCCAGUACUGCCUAAAUCCAGUUUUCACAGCCAAUAACAAUAAUAAUAUCCAACUCAGCGUUCACCAGAGCUUAACCAGAGUGUAGCGUCUAACGCACCAACAGGACCCCCUUAAUUACACUGACCGGUUCACCAGAAACACCAAAAAGGAGAGCACUUUGAAGAUCGACGUCUACUUCGCACUCAAAAUCAUCAAAAAGUUAAAAAGCUGAAGCGCAUCUCAGAAAAUUUCUACUCCUCUUCUUAGUGGACACAUCCCAAGCUGCUUGAUCCCCCACUGCUGUGAUGGAUCAGCCCACAUACCCACAAUGCACAGCAACUAAAGCGCCUUGGCUCUGUCUCCAGUGACUUCCACUACUUUUCAGUUCUAUACCCCUCCACUGGGAUCCGUACACUGUCCUCCAGUGGAGACAGCUCUCACUACUCAGUCCCCUGAGACUUUUACAUUCAGACCCCACACACACACACACAAACACACACACACACACACACACACACACACACACACACACACACACACACACACACACACACACACACACACACACACACACACACACACACACACACACACACAAACACUGUAAAGACCUGUAAAUAGUAAACGUGUGCUUUACUCUAAUUUCAUGAGAAGUGGACUGUUGAAAUCAUUACUGGUAAUGUGGUGUGUUUAUGGAACUUGCUGUAUCUCUCAUAUAAACACAUACACACACGCACAAACACACACACAUACAUACACACACACACACACACACACACACAUACACACACACAUAGACAUACAUAGACAGACACAUCUGUAUAAAUAAUAAGCCAGUGACUUAGAAAGCCAUGUUUAGAUAAAAACAGUACCACAACAUGCUCUUUAGCUUAACAUUGUCGUCUAACUAGGACUUGAAUCUUGAGCUUGACAAAUAUGUCCACAUCUUUUUCUUUAUUUGUUUACAUGCACAUACAGUACACAUGUCAAUUAAGGCAUUUGGAACAUGACCCUGGAAUGCUGUUUUGGAAUAACUGUUUCAAAUUUUGGGGAUUGAAGCGAGAAACAAAGGACAAGGAAAAGCUCAACCUGUGCCAAAUAAACUGAAUAAUGAGGGAUGCCUGAUUCUGUCCUCUUCUUCUACUGCCUCCACGUCUCAAAUAAGGGAAAAAGAACUUGGAAUCGUGGAAUGUUUUCCCAACUGUAAAUAAAAAGGGAUUGGUAAACUUGAAAAAGGAAAACAAUGGGACAAAUCCGAUAAGACUCACUGAAAUUUGCUACUACACAUUUGCCCGGUGCUAUGGAAGCCAGUCACGAUCCCAGAAGACGAUCAGGACUGAGAAGGAACAGGAAUGUGUUUUUAAUUACUUUAAUGUUUUGUUUUCUUUCAGGGAUGUGAUCAGGAACAUAAAAAGCAGUAAAAAUAAAACAGCUUUCCGUCAUUAUUGAAAAGAAGUUGUAUCCUGAAUCCUGGAAAAAAUCAUGCCCCUGAUAAAUAAUGUUACAUAAGUGUUUCAAAAUGAAGGAAAGUGGGUGUUUUUUAUGUUUUAUCAUAAGCUGGAUUCAGGAUGUGAUACUGUGACCAAGUAGGAUUCUUCUAUAUUGUUUUUUCUUUCUCUCUUCCUGUGCUUUUAUUUUGUCUACAGGUGAUCUUGGAUCAACCCUUUAGCCAACAGUUGUAAGUCUUUCUUUCUUUUCUUUUUGAUCUUGUUUUUACCCACAAGCACAAAUUCUCGUGGAGGUGACUUUGCGAGAUGGAGAAGUUAAACACACUGCCUGGGACACUGCCAGUGGUUUUUCCUCCCGCUCUAAAACUCUGUGUACAGUGUAUAAAAACUGUAUUUGUGAACCUGUGUGUGUGACAUCACUGCAGUGUGAUUGGCUAUUGCUCUAUCUCAGUGUUCCUGUGUGUAAGUACAGUGAUCGGUGUGUCGGACUGGCAACAAGGGCCAGCCUAUCUAGCCUGAGUCAUUUCUACACAGACGCCACGCAUGCCCUCACACACACACACACACACACACACACACACACACACACACACACACACACACACACACAUACAUUGAUACAUUGUACAGACAUUUACAUUAAAUACACACACCACAGUUUCUUAUAAAAACCCAUCUUUACCUACUUUUGUCCUGUUUACAUUCACAUAUAGAGCUGUAGUAACUGCACGCCCUCCCACAGCUGGGACAUCACUACUGAAAACCAUUUGCAUUAUGGGUGAUGUAGGAAGUAGUAACUGCAUUUCAGAGAAACCUGGAAAUUAGUAAUUAGCUGAGUGAGCAGAGCGCUAACAUUCAAACACCUUUCAACCACCAUUCCUGUAUUCCCGCAUUUUAAUAUUGUAUUAAUAAUCAAUGACCACUUCUCGUAUUAGCGAGACAAUCUUAAACUUGUGAUUUUACUAGAAAGAAAAUGUCCAUGUUAUGGUAACAAUGCUACCUAUGGUCUAGUACUUUACAGUGUUUUUUGCACCACAAAUGCAAACAAUUUCAAGAUCUUUGGGACUAGUCACUGAUUAAUGGCCUUUCAUAAUGUUUUUAAACUCUUACAGCACUCUUCAUAUCACAACAUGUUUUUUUGUCUUUCCUUUUUUCUCUCUCUGUCUUGUAAAAAACAAACUUUAAAGAUAAAAUAAUAGCUAGCUGUUUUGUAGGAGAAUAAAGGCAAGAGCAGCGUUUUUCCUCUCUUAUUAAUGGUGAAUGACUCUCUGUCUUGCAAUGUUUUAAUAAAACUAUUCCAGUGUAAUCUGCACACCUGAUUUAAAGUUGUAUUUGAAUUCCUGGAAUUUGAAUUGGGAUUUAAAACCAAUCUGGUCCGGUCUGCUGUCUUGAUAUACAUACAUGUUUGUAUGUAUAUGUGGUGAUUACAGGAGUUCAACUACACCUGUGUCCAGAUGUGACAGGCAAACAAUGUUUUCUAUGGCUGUUUUUUAUUUUGGUUUAACUAAGAUAUUAAUGAUGUACAUGUCAAAACUGUGGUAAUGAUCAUUCAGCCUGGAAUAAAUGUUAAAAAAAGAAAUUAAAGCAACUUUAACAAACUGA